AGAGGAAGCAGUAGACUAGAAGGACCUGGCAGAGACAGAGAGAAAAGAAGCUUUCACAGGUUUUCACACACAUCUCAAUAUAGCACUGAAACACUGGGUGACCUGACAGAAUGUUCUUAAUCCUGGUUGUCACAGUGUUCUUGGCAGGCUGCUCGGCAUUGCCCAUCAAAGACCCGUACUCGUAUUCCUCUGCGGUGGGUCAGGGAGGUGGCACCCCAUUUGCUUCCUACGGUGAAGGACGCAUCACAGGAGUCAGAGUGUGGGAGACCAACAACAACUACUACUACUACUACUACUACUACUACUACAACAGCAACAGCAACAACUACAUCAGCGGGUUCCAGCUGAGAUACGGCAACACCUGGUCUCCUGUGUUCGGUAACGCAGGGGGCUUAAAGCAGGAGAUGGAGCUGUUUAAUGAUGAGGCCAUCGUCGAGGUGUCUGGGAAGUACAACCCAACAGACUACAUCUGCUACCUGGUGUUAACCACCAACAUGGGGCGCACUCUGUCAGUCGGUGUGCCCAACCAAGUCUCCUUCAACUUCUACCCAGCCAACAUGGGCAAUGAGCUGAGGCUGCUCAGCGGUCGCUUCAACGGUGCCGGGAUCACCUCCAUCGGAGCCCACUGGGGAUUGGUGUACAUGGAAGGGGCUGAAAACAGUACUAUGGAAACAGCACUGGAAACAGUAACUCCUAUUUUUUAGGGGGGAAAAGUAUGUCUUGCUCUUUGGGAUGGUAUCCCGGAUACAGAUUAAGCCUAGUCCUGGACUAGUUACUUUCAAUGGAGAUUUUCCAUUCAACAUGCUUUUUAGUCCAGGAGUAAACUUAAUCUGUGUCCAGGAAACUGACCCUAUAUGUUGGACGGAUGUUUGACAUAGACGCUGACAGAACUGUUUUUUGUAUCACUAUCUGAUGGGCGCUUCAUGAGAAUUUUAACUGAAUGAAUUUGAAUGUUUUGAGUACUUUGGAAGUAUUUUUGAGGUGAUUCCUCACUUAAAGCAGUACAAAAAUACUUCUAAACAUUCAAAUUAAUUCAGUUUAAAUUCUCAUGAAGCGCCCAUCAGAUAGGAAUGUUAAAACAGUCCUGUCAGCGUGGGUCACAGACCACAUGCGUUGUUACACAUUCUUUGAGAUUAUCACAUUUUAUCACAAUAAAUGAAAGAAUCAUAUGGGAUUUAAAGGAUUAAUUAUAUCUUUGAUUAAUGGAACAAUCAAAUAUUAUGGGGAGAUAAUAGCGUCUCAGGGUGCUUCACCUUCACUAUUUUAUACACGCUGUAUUUGUUAUUUGUUGUUCCUUUUCUGCUACAUCUGCUUGUGGACAUUUUAAUAAAAAGCAUAUCUUUAA